CCCCACCACGUCCCAGCCGCCCCGGCCGCGAGCGCAGGCGGCCCUGCCACCGCACCUGCAAGGGCGCUCGCUGCCUGCACCCGCGCGCCACGGCUCGCACCCGGCCCUUCCCCACGGUCGCCGCGCGGUCGAUGACUCCCCAGACCCCUGGCCGACGACCAUGACCACAUCCAUGCAAGGUGGGCAGAGCGCCGCGGGCCGGGCGGCCGCCCAGGACUCGCCGCUGGCCGGGCAGGUGUGCCGCGUUGCCCAGGGCAGGGGCGACGCCCAUGACCCGGUGCGGGUCCCCGGACUGCACGCGCUGUCGCCCGCCUCCGACGCGACCCGCUACGGUGGUGGUGCCUCAGACAGGAGAAAAAAGAAAGAUCUGGAUGUUCUGGAAAUGCCAUCUAUUCCCAACCCCUUUCCUGAGCUCUGCUGUUCUCCACUUACAUCUGUGCUGUCAGCAGGCCUGUUUCCCAGAGCAAAUUCAAGGAAGAAACAGGUGAUUAAAGUCUACAGUGAGGAUGAGACCAGCAGGGCGUUAGAAGUGCCCAGUGACAUCACCGCCCGGGAUGUCUGCCAGCUCUUGAUCCUGAAGAAUCACUAUGUGGAUGACAACAGCUGGACCCUAUUUGAGUACCUGUCUCGCACAGGUGUAGAAAGAAUAAUAGAAGACCAUGAGCUGGUGAUUGAAGUGCUGUCUCACUGGGGGAUGGAAGAAGAAAAUAAGCUGUACCUUAGAAAAAAUUAUGCCAAAUAUGAAUGUUUUAAGAACCCAAUGUAUUUCUUUCCAGAGCACAUGGUGUCCUUUGCACCUGAGACCAACGGUGACAGAUCCCCUACACAGAUCCUGCAGAUGUUUUUAAGCUCAAGCACCUAUCCUGAAAUCCAUGGUUUCUUACAUGCAAAAGAACAGGGAAAGAAGUCUUGGAAAAAAGUUUACUUUUUCCUGAGAAGAUCUGGUUUAUAUUUUUCUACUAAAGGCACAUCAAAGGAACCACGGCACUUGCAGUUUUUCAGCGAAUUCAGCACUAGUAAUGUUUACAUGUCACUGCCAGGCAAAAAAAAACAUGGAGCACCAACUGCCUAUGGAUUCUGCUUUAAGCCUAACAAAGCAGGAGGACCCCGGGACCUGAAAAUGCUCUGUGCGGAAGAAGAGCAGAGCAGGAUGUGCUGGGUGACCGCCAUUAGAUUGCUGAAGUAUGGCAUGCAGCUGUACCAGAAUUAUAUGCACCCAUCCCAAGGUAGAAGUGGCUGCAGUUCUCAGAGCAUAUCACCCAUGAGAAGCAUAUCAGAGAAUUCCCUCGUAGCAAUGGACUUCUCAGGUCAGAAGAGCAGAGUGAUAGACAACCCCACUGAAGCUCUUUCAGUUGCUGUGGAGGAAGGACUCGCUUGGAGGAAGAAAGGAUGUUUGCGCCUGGGGAAUCACGGUAGCCCCACUGCCCCAUCCCAGAGCUCUGCUGUGAAUAUGGCUAUCCAUCGGUCCCAGCCAUGGUUUCAUCACAAAAUUUCUAGAGACGAAGCUCAGCAGCUGAUUAUCCGGCAGGGGCCUGUGGAUGGAGUUUUCUUGGUACGGGACAGUCAGAGUAACCCCAGAACUUUUGUACUGUCAAUGAGUCACAGACAAAAGAUAAAACACUUUCAAAUCAUACCGAUGGAAGAUGAUGGUGAGAUGUUCCACACCCUGGAUGAAGGCCACACAAAGUUCACAGAUCUCAUACAGCUGGUGGAGUUCUAUCAGCUCAACAGGGGUGUCCUUCCUUGCAAGUUGAAACAUUACUGUACUAGGAUGGCUCUUUAGCCAAUCUGUAUGUGACUCACUAAGAAAAAAAAAUGGAAGAAAAAGGUUGCAAAGAAGAAUGUUUAAGGAGAGAUAUAACAAAUAGGCUGAAAUUAAACCAUGGUGAAAAGAAUAUUUCACCUUUGAGUACAAAACGGUCAUGCAUUGAAAAUUAUUGAAGACUUGGAUUGGUAUUACACUCAUUACUUAGAAUUUAUUAGUUAAAAUUAAAUCUUAGUUAAAAAAAUGA